CCGAGGCUUUGUGUCGCAUACUCCGAGUAUGACAAACUGAUAUUGAUGUUCUCAACCGCACAUAUAUGCCAUGGUGCCACUAUCGAUGUCAUUGCUGUCAUUGCUUCGUGUCCGUGCGUGGAGAAGGGGUUAUCCGUGGGGUGAGUAUCUUGUCAGUGCAAGUCAAGGCUCAUCGAUUGAUUCUAGAAUCAAUGGCACUCUUCGGGACACGAAGAUGGAUAUCGUAGCCAUGUCAAACAUGGCGUGCCUCGACAUCGAGACGAGUAUCCAAAUCUGGACCCUGAGAUAGGCCAAAAAAUCCCCAUGUCCUGACAAGGAAGGUUUGACAACCCUCGGCCACACAGGUAGGCGGGGUAAGAUAACAAAAGAUACAUCUACUUGACAGCUCACCAAACGCCUUGAUCUGACCAUCUCAUCUCUCUCUCUCUCUUUGCUAUAACUCCAAGAGUCUUGUAACAAUCAUCAUGUCAGACUUUGAGACCUACGACUUGGGUGACUUCAAGCUCAAGAAUGGCGAGAUUAUUCCGUCAGCAAAGAUAGCAUACAAGACUUUUGGGGAUAAAUCACUUCCAGCAAUCAUUUAUCCAACUUGGUAUAGUGGAUUAAUCUCAGACAAUGAAUGGCUCAUCGGCUCCGACAAGACUCUCAACCCUGCAAACUACUACAUAAUAAUCCCAGCACUAUUCGGAAACGGCCAAUCUUCCUCUCCCUCCAACACAUCUCUCUCGCCCUUCCCAAAAGUAACAUUUUACGAUAAUAUCGCUGCUCAAUAUGAUUUGAUCACAAAACACCUCGGCAUUUCUCACGCUUUUGCAGUACUGGGUUGGAGCAUGGGAGCAGGACAAACCUACCAAUGGGCAACCCAAUACCCGGAUUUCAUGGAUAAGAUCAUCCCAUUUUGUGGUUCUGCAAAGACGAGUCUGCACAAUCAGGUUUUCUUGGAGGGUGUAAAGACGGCUCUGGUGGCUGCCAAGGGUGGUGUGUCUUCCGGUAUCUGUAAAGGCCAGAGCUAUAAAGGAGGAAAAGAAGAAAACUGGACCAAAGAAGAAACAGCAACAGGGCUAAAAGCGCUCGGAAGAGUAUAUGCAGGAUGGGGUUUCAGUCAAGCCUUUUAUCGCAAACGACUAUUCGAAACGGCUUUGGGAUACAAAGACUUGGAAACCUUCAUGGUCGAAUUCUGGGAAGGUUGGGCCCUCUCCAAACACCCGGAAAACAUGCUAACCAUGCUCUACACCUGGCAAUCCGCCGACUGUUCCGCUCAACCUCCCUACAAGAAUGAUUUCCCUGCCGCAAUGGCCGCUAUAAAAGCAAAAGCUCUCAUCCUGCCAGGCAGGACAGACUUGUACUUUCCACCAGAGGAUUCAGAGUAUGAAGUCAGUUGUAUGACGGAGGGCACUGGCAAGUGUGAGGCUUUUCCCAGUAUCUGGGGACAUUGGGCUGGUGGGCCGGGACAGAGUACAGAGGAUGUGGCGUGGUUGGAUGGGAAGCUGAAGGACUUUUUCGCUGCUUGA